AUGAAGCGCGUGAGGUCGGGAGACUUUGCACAGCGCUGGCGCGCGGCACGUGCGUGCGCCCGCUGCCACAGGCUCAAGAGCAGGUGCGUAUAUGAGGACCCCGAGCACGCGUCGUGCCGGCGGUGCUAUGCGUUGGAAAUCGCGUGUUCUGUCGAGGCGGACCCCACGGCGCAGACGGCGCGGCGGCGGCCGGCGAUGAAGCUCCCGGCCCGGACGCCGGACCAGAUCUUGCGCAAGGUCCAGCGGCUCUUGGCCGACGCCGAGCGCGAGUUCUCCCGGAUGCCGGGGGCGGACCACGAGGGGGAGAACGGCGAGGAGCACUUGCACAAGAACACGACUGUGUUCCAGCAGCCGCGGCCCGCCCAAGACGUGCUCUCGUCCUUGAUUUCCGAGGCCGAGGCAUGCGCCCGCUACGCGUGCUUCCACGAACGCAUGGCCAUAUACUUUCCUGUGCUCACGUUCCCGGGGCAUCUCCGGGACUUCCGCCAAGCCAUGGCCGCGAGCCCGUUGCUCGUUCUUGCGUGUAUUUAUGUCACCACCAUAUGCGACCAUGGCUUGUCCGAGGCACACCAAAACAGGCGCUUGGGCUCCCAGGUGCUCGAGUACUUGGACAAAGCCUUGGCCCAGACCAUCUACGUCGAGGCUGCCGACCUCUCGUACCACAUCGUGUUUGCGUGCAUGAUCCUCUCCCUCUGGGGCGUUCCGCCUUUGCGCGUGCACCAGUACAAGAGCCACAUCGACUUGAUCACCGCCUACAGCGUCGCUGUGUGCAUAGAUGCAGGGAACGUGUCGCUGGUCAACCCGCUGGCUGUGCUUUCUGAUGACUCGGUGGAGCGCAACAACUUGCGCUCGUUCUUGGCCGUUUACUGCUCAUGCGGCUCGCUCAACUUCUCCUUGCCCCGCUUCAACUUUGCCACCUGGUCCCCACGCCAUAACUUGGCCAUGGAACUUCUCUCCAGACCCCUGUCGGGGACCCUCCCGUCUCAGGGCGACAGGUUCUUGUGCUUCUACUCGCGUGUCAUCCGCGUGGGGAAACAGCUUUCCGAUUUCUUGACCGAAAGCGGCGUUUCUAUGAACCUCUUGACCUCGGAGGAAGAGCGCGGUGGGCUAGCCGGCCUGUGCCCACCAGGGCCCCGCGCAAACUCGUUGCGGUUCCAGAAGCUUGUGGCGGACUUGUCUGUCUACGAGAAAAAUUUAACGGACACUGUGAGCGAAAGUGGGAUCUUGGGUGGCCUUACCCAAAGUGCUGUCGCGCCGGGUGAGCGAUUCUGUUUGCUUCUCACAUACUACCAUCUUGUCAUGAUGAUUCACGACAACUUGGUUAGCUGUUGUAUUUACAACUUAACUGUUGACAAUCAGGUCCAACCCCAAGGCAUGUACUUCCCACAGCAAGACAAAGACUUGAUUAUGGAACAUAUCCGAAAAUUCGGAGAGAUCUGUGGGCGCAUUCUAGGCUGUUUCAUUGAGCUAAAUGCUAGUGGCGUCACGGGAUAUCCCACGUUCUUCUACUACCGAGCUCUCACAGCGCUCAUAUCCUUAAUUCGGCUCCUGAUCUUGGUGAAGUCAGAUAUUCUGCAAGUAUACUUUCCUGAAAUCCAGUCUGUGAGAUUCAGGUUACCCUGUCUUUAUGCAGAGGUACUCAAGAUAGUUGACUCUUCUAAAGAGCACUUUGAUCUGCAAGUUUGUGAACGAUUUUCAGAUCUUCUUCAGAGGAUUGGUCGCUGGGUACCCGUCGUGGCUGCGAACGAUAAUGAGUUAUCGACAGAUAGUAAUGAUGGCAUUGACUUUCUCGAGCUCACUGAUAUAAGCAAGGGCCAGGAAGUCGAGAAAUUUGCGGCUCGGCAAAUGCUGAGAAACGAUGACGGCAAGUUGACACCCAUGGCAAUCUCGGCGCUAAUUGUGGACGCGGAAGAUGAGCAUGCGUCUCGUGGUCAAGACUUGAUGUCUGAUAAUGCUCCUAAACCGGCAAGCUUUUCUAUUAAAGAGAUGUUCAAGGGAAUCGACGAAGACAUCAUCCGUUACCUAAAUCCGUUUGAUACUCUAGAUGCGGGUUUUUCAUUCACGUUUGACUAG